GGUGACGUAAUACGCAAGGCUAGCUCGGUGAUUAGCCACGUCAUGUAAACUUAGCAGAGCAGCAGUUGUUUAAUAGAAGCAGGAACACUCGUUAUUUACCGGCUUGCUCUUUUUUCACAUAGGGGCUUUUAUUUCGUGUUUUAAAGCUGCCAGGCGUCCUAAUGAAAGAUGUCGGACAUCGGGGACUGGUUCAAGAGCAUCCCUCUCAUCACCCGGUACUGGUUCGCUGCCUCCAUCGCUGUCCCCUUCAUUGGCAAGCUGGGACUGGUGGAUAUGAGGAACCUGCUGCUGUUUCCGGACCUAAUCUUCAGCAGGUUUCAUCUCUGGAGACCAGUGACAGCCACUCUUUAUUUUCCAAUAACCCCCAAUACUGGGUUUCUGUACCUGGUCAACCUAUAUUUCCUCUACCAUUACUCCACUCGGCUAGAGACAGGGGCAUUUGAUGGCAGACCUGCAGACUACAUCUUCAUGCUUCUCUUCAACUGGAUCUGCAUUGUUAUAACUGGGGUGAUGAUGAACAUGCAGCUGCUGAUGAUCCCACUGAUCAUGUCCGUGUUGUAUGUCUGGGCUCAGUUUAACAAGGACAUGAUUGUGUCCUUCUGGUUCGGAACACGAUUCAAGGCAUAUUAUCUACCAUGGGUCAUCUUGGCUUUUAACUUUAUCAUCGGAGGGUCUUUUGUGAAUGAACUGACAGGAAACUUGGUGGGCCACCUCUAUUUCUUCCUCAUGAUCAAAUACCCCAUGGACCUGGGCGGACGCGCCUUCCUCUCCACACCAGAGUUCUUGUAUCGGUUCUUCCCUAACAGGAGAGGAGGAGUGUCCGGGUUUGGAGUUCCUCCCAGCAGAAGACCAACAGUCCCGGAGCAGGCGGGAGGAGGAGGAGGAGGAGGACGGGGAGGACGUCACAACUGGGGACAAGGCUUUCGCUUGGGGGAUGAAUGAGAAACCCUUCCAGCGCCCACCAGAAAGCUGGGCAGUCGCCGUCUUUGGACUAAAAUUCUUGCUUCCUCACAUAAUUUCCUAUUUGAUAGAAUUAUAAACUGCAUUCGUGUUAAGUGUUAGGAGACGUGGGGGGUGGAAGCAUGCGUUUUAACCAAUACUGCGCAGCAGGCUCUGGCUGUACGCUCGUUUCACCAACUCAAGCCAGCGUGACUAUUUUUACUACUGCUUAUGUGACCAUGUGAAGCAGAUUUGGGGGUUAACAAAAAUAAACAUCUCUUUUCAGCGAUGACUCUCAUGCCACCCUCUCAUUUCCUUCUUUCCUGUCAUCUUCUUCCGCCUUUUUUUCCCCCCUCCACAACUUACCAUUGGGACUGUCGAGAUGAGAGAUGUUGCAGCUGCACACCAGCACACUGUUGAUUUCCACUCGUGUUCCUCCCUCUCUGUGAUGCCAUAUCAGAUUACAUUGUAAUUACCAACACACGGGGAGCGCCGUCCCUCAGCAGAACACGGGAAGAGCUAUUUACAGAGCACUGUUUCCAGGUCUGAAUUUCCAAGGAUGUGAAAUGUUUUUUGAGCUUCUGUGGCACAGAGCUGGAUUUUUUUUCUUUCUGUGAUAACACCCAAUCAGAAAGAGGUGACAAUGGAUUGUUGCUCUUGUUUUGUAAAUACAGUUGUUUAUCAAAAGGA